GGAGAUGGAGACGAAGGAAACGGAGGUGGAGACGAAGGAAACGGAGGUGGAGACGAUGGUAACGGAGGUGGAAAUAGUGGAGAUGAAGGAAAGAGUGAAAACGGAAGUGGGGAUAGUGGAAAUGGCGAAGGAGGUGAGAACUGUCAGGAUGAAGUGAGUGCCUGUAAAUUCUGGGCUGCCAAUAAUGACUGCUACUGCAAGCCAACUGAUGGAGAUUGCUCAUGGCAAACUUAUGUUGCCAAGACAUGUCCCAAGAGUUGUGGAACAUGUAAUGAAGGUGGAAAUGGAGGUGGUGAUGGAAGCAUUGACGGUUGCGUCAUUGACUGCUCCCUCGGAAAGUAUCUGCCACAUCCAACUGACUGCCGCAAGUUCAUCCAGUGUGCCCCGUAUGGUCCCGAAGAGAUGCCUUGUGCUCCUGGAACGGUCUGGAACCAACAGAAACUCACCUGUGAUCACGAAUGGGCUUCUCCUUGUGUGACAGGCAGCUACUUGACUUCAGAAGGUCUACCAUGUGGAGGAGGUAGUGGUGGAAACGGAAGUGGAGACGGUGGAGACGAAGGAAACGGAGGUGGAGACGAAGGAAACGAGGUGGAGACGAAGGAAACGGAGGUGGAGACGAAGGAAACGGAGGUGGAGACGAUGGUAACGGAGGUGGAGAUAGUGGAGAUGAAGGAAAGAGUGAAAACGGAAGUGGGGAUAGUGGGAAUGGCGAAGGAGGUGAGAACUGUCAGGAUGAAGUGAGUGCCUGUAAAUUCUGGGCUGCCAAUAAUGACUGCUACUGCAAGCCAACUGAUGGAGAUUGCUCAUGGCAAACUUAUGUUGCCAAGACAUGUCCCA